AUGUGGAGAGCGGGCAUGGCCGCCGGGGACGGGCUGGGCCCGGCGCUGCGCGCCGUCACCGAGCAGGUGCAGCAAGCGGCGGCGCGGCGGCCGCAGGGGCUCCCGGCCGUGCAGCCGCGGCUCGUGGCCGUCAGCAAGACCAAGCCAGCGGAGAUGGUGAUGGAAGCCUACAGCCACGGGCAGCGCAGCUUCGGGGAGAACUACGUUCAGGAGCUGCUGGAAAAGGCAUCAGACUCCAGAAUUCUGUCCUCUUGUCCAGACAUCAAAUGGCAUUUUAUUGGCCACCUGCAGAAGAGCAAUGUCAACAAGCUGAUUGCUGUCCCAAACUUGUUCAUGUUGGAAACAGUGGAUUCUGUGAAACUGGCAGACAGAGUCAACAGCUCAUGGCAGAAGAAAGGGUCAUCCCAGAAGCUGAAGGUCAUGGUGCAAGUUAACACCAGUGGGGAGGACAGUGAGUGGCUCUCUGUGAUACGUCCCUGUGCUUUUCCAGGCAAGCACGGCCUCUCCCCCGGGGACACCACGGCUGCUGUGGAGCAUGUCAUCAACAAAUGCCCCAGCCUGGAAUUCGUGGGGCUGAUGACCAUUGGCAGCGUCGGGCACGACCUCAGUAAGGGGCCAAAUCCUGACUUCCAGGUGCUGCUGUCCCUGCGGCAGGAGGUGUGUGAGAAGCUGAACCUGCCCGUGGACAAGGUGGAGCUGAGCAUGGGCAUGUCCACGGACUUCCAGCAUGCAAUAGAGGUUGGAUCUACAAACGUCAGGAUUGGGAGCACUAUUUUUGGAGAGCGGGAUUAUUCCAACAAAGCCAUCGGGAGCAAGGCCUCUGCUGGAAGUGAAGGCCAAACAGAGGCUGUGACAGUGCAGGGGCACUAAAGGGAAAACAAGUGGCCUCACCAGAGGAGAGACCUCACUGUGGGAGACCUCACUAUGCAUUUUACCUCCCUCCGUGUCAGAUGGUGAGAGGGAAUUCCUCGGAACAGAGGCAGAAAUGCCUCAAUCAUUGUGAUUAUAGAGUACCCCUAGAAACUGGAAAUCUUUAUAACCAACAAAUGACAAGGAAAUUGAGGGUUGGAAGUGGCUGUGGUGUCUUGGUUCCUCAGGGUCAUCAAGGACAGACUUUGGGGUAACUGGGUUGGACAAACAAGUGUUUGUCAAGCUGGAGUUGCUGCUGAGCAAGGUGGGUGUCACUGGUGGUUGUUGCUGGUGGUUGUUUUCACUGAGGACUAAAUACUUCACUCAACGCAUUAUGAUCGUCCCAGAUACCUAGAAAUGUUUCCCCAAAUACAAGUUUUACACAUGAGAUGGUUACAUGGGAGCUGGGAUGGGGCUGUGCUCUGACACAGGAGAGGCCCUGGCCAUGGCAAAGGGGUGAGUGACAUGCACAGGGGACUGUGAGGAGCUCAGCUGCCACCGUGAGUUCAUGGUCUGAUGUUUUGGCUGCACAUCACAAGAGUGGGAGUGUCUUCUUGGCUCCAUUUGCCCUUUUCAGGCUGACACUAACUUCCCAUGGCUCCGUUGCUGCCCAGAUCUGGAAUGCUUUCCCCCUUCCCUUCCUUUCCCCUCCUCUGUUGUUGGGAAUUACUUUCAUCCUGCCCAGUAGUUUUUUGGUCAGAAUGGGCAUUUUCUGCCAGACCUCUGCUCUGUCACCAGCUUGCUGCUGCUUUCUGAGGUGAGUCCCUCAUGGUUUGGUGCCUGUGCCAUCCCCUUUACACCUGUGUGAGGAUAACAGUGCUUGGCUCAUGGCAGCAGGGAGCUUUCCUUGGGAAAACGCUUCGGAAAAGGAAGUAUUAUUGCCCCACUGCGUCCUGGGUUCCUGAAAAAAAAAUCGUUUGGCCACUGGGAGAGCUUCUAGGCUGUGUCUUAACAUCUUUUCCUGCUCUUGGAAGAGGGAAAUGGGACUGUUACUGCAGUAACUUUCCUUCAGAUGAGCAGGAGCUCCUGUGUUGUCCUGUGUUACAGCUAAAUUUUGGGCUUUUAUGUCUGCUAAGAGGAGGAGAGCUCGGCUGCCAGCAGGAACAUCCUCCCCAGGCUUUACUCUGUGUGCGUGUGGUUAAAUCCCGCUGUUGGUUUCACUCUCUAAAAGUUGAAUGUAAAUGAAAAGAGUCUACUCCAACACCAACCUGUUGUAGCUCCGUGGUUUAGAAGCGCCCUGGGGUCGGAGCCGCCCUCCCCGCGCUGCGCCGUGUGUGGUUCAUAGUCUAGUAAACAGUGCUGAGUUUUAAUGCCAUCUGUGCCAACUCAAAAGCUAUUAAAGAUGUUAUUUUUAUGUUCCAGCGUGGUGAAUAAAUGUCCUGAGCCGC